GGCAUUCUUAGCCCUGUUUCGCUGCUAAGGGGCUGAGGCUUAGAGAUGCCCCAGGACUGGAGGCCAAGUUAAAUUCCCUCGGCUUCAGCGGUCCUGAGGAAGUGCUGCCUGCCACCUCCAGGGACAUCCCUGCGACGUGGUCCCCUGGAGCCCUCUGCAGGAGUGCCUGUCCACCUGGGGCCUAGGAAUCUUACUGUACUUUCCGGCCUUUUGGACAGUGGCCUCUCCCAGGCCCAGCAGUGAUUGGGAAGAGGCUCUGUCCUAUGCAGCUGGUGUGCUGGUUCAUCGUUGAACGGCGGGCCCCAGGGAGGGCAAACCCUGAUCUGUACCUUUGCAGUUGUCCUUCAUAUAAAUACCCCAUGGUGGCUGAUUUCAAGCGACCACCAGUUUAACAACUGCUUCACAAAGACUCCUGAAAAUUGAACAAUGUAGUCAUGAUGUGAGUUGCUCCAGCACACUGCUGCCUGUGGUAGCAGGGAUUGGUGUAAUAAGUAAAUUAUACAGUAUAUUAGAAGAGGAUGAGUUCCAUGAGAGGAGAAAAUAUAGAGCAGGCAGGGAUGACUUCAGGUUUUGUAGAACUAGAAGCUCAUACAAUUUGAGGGGUCUUUUUUUAAGAAAACUAAUUUAAAAUGACAAAUGUGAAGUUGAGGCCGGGGCCCUAGGAGGGGCCCGUGCAAGUCACAGUUCCUGACGGAGGAUGGGGGAUGCAGGAGGGAUGCAGCAGAAGGGACUGGGGCCCGGUCAAUCCAGCCUGGCAGGUCCUCCAAAGGACUCUGGCUUUACUGUGGACCCAGCUGUAGCAGCUGUCGGUGCCACUUAUAAGGCUCACGCUGCCCUCUGUUGAGGAGGGACAGUGCGAGUGGGCAGGAGUGGCAGAGAGAGAUCAGUUAAGAGGUCAGAGUAGUGAUCCAGGCAAGAGAUGAUGGAGGCUCAGAUCAGGGUGGGGGCAGCCAGGGUGCUGGGUGUACAGCUCGGGGCACAGACUGGACAGGUCCUUAAUUCCUUGGAGGAGUAGCAGGGCCGGAGGCUGGGUUUUAGUGGCUGAGGGAUAAGUGGGAGGUGCGAGAUGGAGAGCAGUGGGGGGCACAACUCUCUGAGAGGCUGGAAGCCAAUGGAGCACAGGCAAGGGGGGUACUCUGCGGCAGCAAGAGGGAUUGUGGACUGUAAAGGUGCAGCUGAGCAUGAGGCUCCACAUCCCCUCUGUCACGGGGAUGUGCUGCAGCAAGGCCCGUGAGCACAGCAUCAGCCCCUUCUGGGGUCAGCCUUGGUGCCACCGCCACCUCCGAGGACAGUGUAGGCUGGGGAGGCGGGGAGGAAGCUCUCAUAGGUCAGGAGUGGGAACUGCCGACCCACCCUCGCGGGAUGGGAGGUCGGUCCCCUGUGUGUUGUUUAAGGGUGAGUGCGGGUGCCGUCACCCAGCUUGCUGGGGCGAGUUGAAAGCCAGCCGUAGCCAGGCCGGCCAGAGCCCCAAGGUGCUCGUGCAAUGGGGGAGGGUAACACGGAGGCUUGAGGUCUUGAGUGGAGGGCGAUGAUUCGAGCCCCCCGUGUGGAUUUACCAGGGAGGGUGACUGGCCGUACUGAGGUUCACAGGGCCAGGCCCACGGGAGUGGAGGACCGUGAGCCUACACGCGCCCCACCCUGCCAGCCACUGGGCUGAGGUCAGACAGGUGGGGCGGGUGGGCUGGGCAGAGGGCUGAGGAGCUGGGGGUGGGGCUGGAAAGUCCUGCAGGAGGGGCCGGAGAAGGGAAGCACCCGAGAGGCAGACGCUCUCCCUGGCACUGUGGGCCCCUCCCUCCCUCCGACGGUUUCGCUUUUGUUUUCUUGUCCCAGCCCUUUGGCUUUAGGGCGAAGGGGAAGGAGUCCGGCUGAAGGCCUAGGCUGCGGCGGCCCAGGCAGCUGGGGGAGCGUGAGUGCAGGAUGUGGGCCAGCCCCACAGUGAGGGGGGUGCCAGGGAAUGCUGCUCAGGGGCCUGCGAGGGGUGAGGUGGGGCUGUGGGCGGCUACCCCACCUGUUCCUUCGGCCCAGGCUGUGAUGAUGGGCGAGGAAGAGGCAGAGCUGGGGGCAGCCGUGGAACUCAGAGGCCUGCCCCCCGACGUCCCAGACGAGCUGCUCACGCUCUAUUUCGAGAACCGUCGAAGCUCUGGGGGUGGACGUGUGUCGAGUUGGCAGAGACUUGGCCGCGGGGGCAUCCUCACCUUCCAGGAGGCUGCAGAUGCAGCGAGGGUCUUGGCCCAGGAGGAGCACACUCUGCACGGCGCUCGGCUGAGCCUGCGGCCAGCCCCACCACGCGCCCCUUCGCGCCUACUGCUCCAAGGGCUGUCUGCUGGCACGGGACCCCAGCACCUGGAGCAGUAUGUCCAAGCCCUCCUUUGUGCCGCAGGGCAGCCAGUGCAGCCGUGCCGUGCCCUGGCCAGUCCCCGACCAGACCGGGCCCUGGUGCAGCUGCCCAAGCCCCUUUCAGACGCAGAAGCCCGCGUCCUGGAGGAGCACGCCCAGUCCCUGGGCCUGAAGGGGGCUGAGGUCUCCCUGGCCUGGGUGCCUCAGGCCCGGGCGGUGCGUGUCGUGGGGGGCAUCCCCCCUGCAGACCUGCUGCUGCUGGAGCUGUACCUGGAGAAUGAGCGCCGCAGUGGCGGGGGGCCCCUGGAGGGCGUGCGCAGCCUGCCAGGGCACCUGGGCACCAUCGCUUCCUUCCAGCAGUGGCAGGUGGCCGAACGGGUGCUGCAGCGGGCCCACCAGCUGCAGGGUUCAGAGCUGAUUCUUGUCCCCCACUACGAUGUCCUGGAGCCCGAGGAGCUCAGCGAGCACACCAGUGGAGGGAGCCGCUUGGCCGAGUUGGGGCCUGGGGCCCCCAAGCAUGCUCUCCUGGAGGCUGGAGGGCCAGCAAGGGCACAGAAUUGUGCAGGGAAUGUGACACUGGGCUCUGAGGAGGCACCGGGGCAAACAGGAGCCUUGCUGAGGACAGGGCAUCUCUGGGACAGGUCCUCUCUGGGACAGGCCAGGCCAGUCAGCUCCAGGCCCGUGGGGUCUUCAGAACAGGAGGGGUUGGUGAGCCCGGGGCCUACGGGGUCUCCAGGCCCAGUGGAGAUUGCUGUGGAGUCUCUGGAGCAGGUGGUGUCAAUGAGCCUGGGCCCUGUAGGGUCACCGGGGCAGGAGGGCCUGGUGGAGACAGUGCUGCCGAUGGAGCUGGGAGCAAUGCGCUUCAUUCAACUCUAUCAUGAGGACCUUCUUGCUGGUCUGGGAGACGUCGCCCUCUUCCCACUCGAGGGAUCAGAUACGACUGGAUUUCGGCUCUGCGGAGCCCUGGCCCCAUGCCAGGCAGCCGAGGAGUUCCUGCAAAGUCUGCUGGGCAGCGUGAGCUGUCACGUGCUGAGCCUGAAGCACCCAGGCAGUGCCAGGUUCCUGCUGAGCCCAGAGGGGCAGCACCUUCUGCGGGGGAUGGAAGCUCAGUUCCAGUGCGUCUUUGGGACAGAGCGUCUGGCCAGGGCUGCCCUGGACACAGACCUGGGAGAGGUGGACCCCACUGAGGCCCUACAGGUGCUCCCUGGCCACUCCCACACCCUGUGGCCUCCAGACAGUACAGACGGUGGCCAGGAGAAUGUGAGCCUAGAGGAGGUCCGAGAGCUGCUGGCCGCCCUGGAGGGCCUGGACGGGGAAGACUGGCUGCCACUGGAGCUGGGGGAGGAGGAGCCCGCGGGGCAGCCGGAGGAGGAGAAGACUCCCAGGGCUGGGGAGGGGCCCGUGGCGCCCCGCACCGGGGUGCCUGGGCGGCUGCAGGAGGAGGCUGAGCUGCAGCUGGCUCUCUGCCGCUCGCUGGAGCCACAAGGCCAGGUGGCCAAGCGGGAGGAGGCUGUGGCGCUGCAGUGGGCCCUGGCCCUCUCCCUCCAGCCGCCCCCGCUGGAGGAAGAACCGGAGCCCCGGGGUGGGGGGCCUGGCGGCUGGGCCCAGCUGGAGGUGCACGCGGCCUUCGAGCAGGAUAUGGAUGAGCUGGGCCGGGCCCUAGAGGCGGCCUUGGAGGUGCACCUCCGGGAGGAGACGGUGGGGCCCCGGGGCUGCGUGCUGCCCACGGAGCUGUGCGCCCGCCUGGAGCGGCGCCACGGCGUGAGCGUCGCCCUUCGUGGUGACCGCACCGUCCUCCGUGGCUUUGGGACCCAGCCCACCCGUGCGGCCCACCACUUAGCAGCGCUGUGGGCUGGCCCCCGGGAUCAGAGCUUGGCCUUUCCCUCGGAGGCUUCGGGCCCCACUUUGCCACAGCAGAGGCCGAGGGAGCCCUUGGGCAGGCUGGAGUGUGUGGCCGAGAGCAGCAGUGAGUUCCAUACGGUAGUGCAGGCCUUCUACGACACACUGGACGCUGCCCAUGGCAGGAUCCGUGUUGUCCAGGUGGAGCGUGUGUUGCACCCGCUGCUGCAGCAGCAGUACGAACUGCACCGGGAGCGCCUGGAGCAGUGCUGUGACCGGCGGCCGGCGGAGCAGGUCCUGUACCACGGCACGUCGGUGGCCACCGUCCCGGACAUCUGCGCGCACGGCUUCAACCGCAGCUUUUGCGGCCGCAACGGCACGCUCUACGGACAGGGCGUGUACUUCGCCAAGCGCGCCUCCCUGUCAGUGCUGGACCGCUACUCGCCCCCCGACUCCGAGGGCCACAAGGCGGUGUUCGUGGCGCGGGUGCUGACCGGCGACUACGGGCAGGGCCGCCGCGGGCUGCGGGCACCCCCCCCGCGGCCCCCCGGCCACGCGCUCCUGCGCUACGACAGCGCGGUGGACUGCCUCCCCCGGCCCAGCAUCUUCGUCAUCUUUCACGACACCCAGGCGCUGCCCACUCACCUCAUCACUUGCAAGCACAUGUCCCGGUCUCCCCCUGGAGACCCCCCUGAGCUCUUGAGCAACUCCCCAGCCACCUAACCCUAGAGGCCCCGCCCCCUCGGCCCAGCCGCUGGCCUCCUGCUCCCCAGGCUCCCCGCUCCGCACAGCCCCACCGCCCCCUCCCCCGCCCGAGCUGCCCCCGGGGGCUCCCCUGCCUCCUGCAGUGUUGCCCAUAGGGGCGACCGGGCGAGGACGGCUUGGGCAGUGUUCCCCGUCCCCACCCCCACCCCGGGCCGGCCCAACCACCAGGGGUCAGCAGAGCCCAGGAGGAGGGGGGCCGGCCCUCGCCCGAGCGCGACCGUGUUGUUUGAAUAAAUGUGUACGUGAAACCAGG